AACAGUGCGUGGCAUUCGCAACGCAGCCGCCGAGAUGGUUGGUCCUACCUGUACAGGUGUGAAUACAGACAGGCUCUUAGUUCCUUGAAAGAGUCAGGUCAACAGAAGAAGCUUCAGUCCUAGUGCUGCCUUCUAACAAGAUACACGAUCUAAAAGAGUCCCUACCACGAGUGUAGCAUUAGUGCUGAUUGCUGACACCCCGGUGUAGGGUUCUUAUAUUCACAUAACACUUGGUGAUAGACGCUUCAGUUUUCGCAUUGUACACUUUGAGCUACAAGUAAAAUAUGUGCUUUGCUGAUCUCAAGCCCAGGAGAAAAAGAGGAGGAUCUUGACAGCAUUUAUACAUUUUCUCUAGUGCUCACCAAGACCGCUGGUUAGUCAGGCCAAAAACUAAAACUUACCUGACUUCAGUUGUACACAACCGGGAAAAAUACUUUUAGAAGAAUUAUUUAUUAAUGACUGUGUUUAGCAGUCACAAGUUCUGGUGAGGAGAUAUGCAGCUGGUCUUCUCUUUUGUCUUCGUUUCUUUCAUACUUGUCAAAGUUAUUUGUGAAGAAGAAAACAGCUGUGCUGUCCUAAAAGUUGAAUCGUGCAUCCAUGCCAUACACGUCAACAUCACCAGCGAUCUCAACACGUUCAGUUUAUCGUACAGAAAAACGAGUGGAAAUGAAGAGAUCACUGCUUUGUGCGACUGGAUAGGACACUUCUUGUUAUGUGAGACAAAGACAGGCAUUCACUACAAUGUCGAGUCUCCAACUCAAGUUUCCUUCACGCUAAUGUCUGAUGUGAAAUGUCUAGAUGGGAACUUUACCCUAAACGCUAAUGGUGCCGGAAAUUUCCCUUGCAUUAAAGAAGAAAAGAAAAGCAAAUCAAAAUCAACCGUCAAAGCCAAGAAACUCCUCGAGAUUAAAGUUGAUACUGUGAAAGGACAUCACAAACCGGCGCAGAAAAAAGAAUAUGGCUGUGCUGUCCUAAAAAUAGAAUCAUGCAUCCAUACGAUAGAGGUCCGCAUCACCAGCGAAUUAGAACCGUUCAAUUUAUUUCACAGGACAACGAGUGAAAUUAUAGAGAUCACUGCUAUAUGUGACUGGGCAGGACACUUCUUUGUAUGCAAGACAAUGACAGGAAUUCACUGCAAUGUCGUGUCUAGAACUCAAGUUUCCUUCCAGCCAAUGUCUGGUGAAGCAUGUCUAGAUGGGAACUUUACCCUUAACCCUAAUGAUCACGGAAAUUUCGCUUGCAUUGAACAAUCUGGAAAAAGUAGAUCAGAAUCAACAGACAAAGCCGAGAAACACCGCGAGAAUAAAGGUGAUACUGUGAAAGGCGAUCAAAAUCCGCCACAUAACGAUUCUCCAGGGAAAAAUGUAAAUUUCCUCGAUUUUGCAAUGAUCAUACCUGUUAUCGAGAUAGCCGUCGGUAUUCUUGUCGUCAUCAUCUGGAGUAUUCGGCGUGCUGCGCUUCUUUGAUUUUACCAGGAAUAAACUAUUGGAUGGUUGGGUGAUAAAUUUAAUGAGUAACAAAACUUGUACUAUUAGUGUGAUGGAGGAUGUAUUUACUUAUUUUAUGCUUGCUUGGCUGGAGGACAAUUAGAACAAUUCAAAUUAUUUGGUAACGAACGAUUCCAUGACGGAAUAUUUAAAAAUAUCGAUGAAUUAUAAAAUGGUUAAUAUUUGAUUAAUUAUUGACUUAAUCACGAUUUAUGAUUGAUCUGAUGAUAGAUUUGCUAACUUAAUGAGAAAUUAUUUAAAUUUUUAUUAGUUUUUAAAUUGUAAAGGGUUUAUUUAGAAUCAAUUGUAUUAGCUAGUUAGAUUGAUGAUUGUAUUUUACGAUGGUUAUAUAACUAGUUAGAUAAUUUAAAGAUUGAUUGCUAACAAGGCGUACUUUUGAAGAAGAGAAAACUUUAAUAGUGUACAUCCGAAAAUGAACCCAGAGGAUGUCUGAUCUUGUUGCCUUGACAUUAAGUACAUGUAGUACUUCUGUAGGAAUUUUAAUUAUUAAAUUCAGCUGUCUCUUCAGAAUUCAAUUGUACCUAUAAAUAUUCACUAUUAUUUUUAGUAGUAGUAUUUAUGUUUAACACAUCGUGGCUUUAUGAAAUUUUCUUGCGACGUCCACAAUGUAAAGACAGACACCUACUAGUAUUAUAACCUGCACAAAUAUCAUACUGAUCAGCGGUCCCUGUGUGUGUGUGUGUCCAAUUAUUACAAUAUCGGCACAUUAUUAUAUGUGUAUGUCUAUCUGUGCAUUUUUAAGGUCAAGUUUGUGUAUAGAUGAGCAUGUACUCAUUUAUGUAUUCAAGACAAAUGAGUUUUUAUUCCAAACUAAACAUUGAUCCAAGGCCCAGCAACUAAGAGUCAAAAAUAAUUUUUCAUAUUUUUUACAUUGUAUUGUGGUACAGUGGUUUUAAUUAAAAAGUGUUAAUAAUAA